AUGUCUUGGCAGGGGCUUUCUCUAUCCCGCCAACUCACUCGCGCAGUGCUACGGCUGGGCUGGAAGUUUCCUACGACUGUUCAAGAAAAAGUUAUACCUAUUGUACUUGCUGGCCGAGAUGCACUAGUUUCAGCAGUGACUGGUUCUGGCAAGACAGGGGCAUUUGGCAUACCUCUGCUAGAGAGGAUGAUUCUUCGUGGGAGAGAUACCUACGGGACUACUGCGCUUAUUCUCUCCCCAACUCGUGAGCUUGCUGCCCAGACUGCUGCUGUUCUCCAGGAGCUCGCUUACUUUACCAACUUUCGUGUCUACCUCUUGAUAGGUGGCACUGACACGGCGAAGCAGGCUGCACAAUUGCGUACCGAGCCUGACAUUAUCGUAGCAACCCCAGGACGGCUCAUAGAUUUAGUCCGCAACACGGUCAAUUUCUCUCUAGACACAAUUGAGGUUCUGGUACUGGACGAAGGAGAUAAGAUGCUAGAUAUAGGAUUUCACGACGAGCUGAAGGAAAUCUGUGCGCUGUGUCCAGUUGCUCGGCAGACCCUGCUUUUUUCAGCAACAAUGGAGAAAGAGGUCUUAAGCUUCUCACUCCUCGCUCUGCAGAAGCCGCUCCAGGUGCAAAUAGAUCCUCCCCGGACAGUAGCCCAAACAAUAACACAGGAGUUUGUUAUGAUUACACCUACGCUGCUUCGAAAAUGCACAGAGAAGUUCAAGGGCGAGGAUAGUUCACUAAAGUCCUCAACACUUUCUGCAAUUGCACGAGACAUACUUCUCGUGUCUCUCCUCCGUAACAACUUCUCCUCUGAGGACGGCCAGCACAAGAUUAUGGUCUUCUGCAAUAGCAAGCGUGAGGUAAGAAGAGUUUUCAUACUCCUUGACAUGUUGAGUAAGCCACCGGAGGACGCAGCCCGUUCGUGUUUACUCGCUGGUAUCAGACCAUCGUGCCUUCAUGGAGACUCUAGCCAGAAGGAACGGGCAACAGAACUGGAUCGCUUUAGGUCGGGAGACAUCAACUUGCUCGUUUGCUCAGACGUCGCUAGCAGAGGUCUCGAUAUUGAAAAUGUAACUGUCGUCAUACAGUAUGACUUUCCUCUCAGCCUUGACGUCCAUAUUCACCGUGUAGGUCGCACCGGUCGUGCAGACGCGCCAGGAACUUCUAUAACCUUUGUUCACGACAAUGCUCAGGAACAGAACGUGCUAAAAGAGAUUCAGGACAGCCAAAAGGAGCGGGCAAAGGGCCAGCCUCUUCGCCAAAGGAAGAUUGACUCUAAACUUAUUACUACCAUAACGCAUUAUUUUGUGCAUAAUUCUGUCCCAGACAAGCUCAAGCGCAGAGUGGAUCGGAUGAAUUUAGAGAUGGCGGUGAAGAUGGAGGAGAUUAAGAUCAAGAAGGCCGAAAACAUAAUGGAAUUCAAAGAUGAGAUCUUCAGCAGGCCCAAGAAGACGUGGUUCCAGACAGAAGCUGAAAAGGCCAACUUGCGGGCUCUUCAUGCCCGCGUGGUAUCGGGUGCAAUUACCAAUAAGGAAGCCGUCCGAGACCUCUCCAAGGAGGAGCAGAAGUACCUCCGGAAAAUCACAUCUGAGGCCAAGAUGGUUAAGAAUCGCCAAGAAAACAGUCUUCCUCCGGAUGUGUUGGCCAGUAUUCGGGCUAAGAAGCGAGCAGAACGGAAUCUACGCGAAGAAGGAGAAUCUCCAGGAGAAGUCCGCAACAGAAUGUAUGAGGAGGCCAGGAUCCAGCGGCGAGCCAUCAGGAUGCAAAGAAAGACUGACUCUAAGAACAACCGCAAUCUCGACGACCAGACAGUGGCACCAUAUCAGAUGAAGCGGGGUAAAAAGCCAACAGGGUUUAAGUCAAAGAAACGAUACAAGCGUAGAUAA